AUGGCUCCCGAUCAACGACUCCACGAUACUCGGCUCGAGAAGGUUUGCAGCAGAAUGGAAGAGUGGGGGUUCCAUCUUCGGUUCGAAAAAUGUCGAUUCGCUGCCCGAGAGGUCAAAUAUCUUGGCAUGAUUAUCUCCGACAAGGGCAUCCAAGCCGAUCCUUCAAAAAUCGAAGCGAUCCGAAAUCUCCGACAACCGAAAUCUCCAUCAGAUGUGAGAGCUUCCUUGGGACUCCUCAAUUACUACGGGAAAUUUUCUCCUCAAAUGCACGCGAUCAAGGCUCCUUUCGAAGCACUCCUGAAGAAAAAUGUCGUGUUCAAUUGGUCCGAAGUCCACCACGAGGCGUUCAUCAAAGCGAAGGAAAUCCUCACGGGAUCUCUCCUUCUCGCUCACUACGACCCCCAGUAUUCCGUCAUUGGAGAUCCAGACGUGGUCAAGACAUGUCCAAAUGUCGUGGACAAGAGAUGGGUCGAGUGA